AUGUCGACCACCGUGAACGAUCUGCUCAUCGAGCAGAGUGAAAACAUUAGCUCGCUCAAAAGAGUCCUCGUCAAUUUCAAAAAGCUAGCCAAGCCGAACGUGACCCUCGCCAAAACGCGAGGUCGUCUUGCCACUGCGGCGGAAAUCUGGGGCGCUUGCCGCUCCCUCCACGUCAAGCUUCUUCAGAUGGCAACGCCGGAGCAGAAGAAGGCCUUAUCGUACUUCGAGAAGGACGAGUUUCUCGCAGCUGAGGAUGUCUACAACGAUGUGGCCGAUCUCCUUCAUGAAACGAUAAGUCGAUUUACACCAACUCAAAUCGCGCUUAACGAUCGUAGUCUCGAUUCCUCCGUUCGCGAACCUAACAAUCAUUGUUUUCAAUUGCCACGCAUCACGCUCCCGAAGUUUGCCGGUAAAUUGACUGAUUGGGAAAACUUUCGCAAUAUUUUCGAGUCUCUCGUAGCAAACAACGACGCUCUUUCAAAUUCCCAGAAAUUUCAUUAUUUAAAAACGAGCGUAACCGGAGAUGCUUCACUGUUAAUCAAUAAUUUAAAGAUUUCGGAUGCAAAUUAUGAGUCGGCCUGGCAAUUGCUAACAAACGAGUACGAUGAUAAACAAGCGUUAAUUUACUCGCAUCUGCAUGCAUUUUUUAAUUUUCCGGUGAUGAGAUCCGAAAAUGUAAGCGAUCUUCGCAAGUUACGCGACACAGUGUCUGCAUCAUUAGCCGCGUUAAAUAACCUCGGUCGUCCGGUAGAGCAAUGGGACGACGUUCUUAUAUAUAUAAUCACGCAAAAGUUUAGCGCGAAAACGCGUACAGAGUGGAAUCUGAAGCGAACGAAACGCGACGAGCUCCCUACUUAUCAGGAACUCAGUGAAUUCUUAACGCUUCGCAUUCGCGGACUAUCUGACUUUUCGGAUGCGAGCACAGACGCCGGCUCCGCGAAACACGAUAAGCCGCGUUCGUCAGUCAAUAGCGUGACCGUCGCCAAAUGUAUUUGCUGCUCCGGCGAGCAUCCAGUUGCGAGAUGCGAAACGUUUAUUAAAAAAUCUGCUUCACAGCGUUGUGCUUUUGCCCGUCAACAUAAGAUUUGUUUUAAUUGCUUAAAGCCCGGGCACUUUCCGACGAAAUGCCCGAGUAAAUUUCGAUGCAGACAGUGUAGUCGCAUGCAUCAUACACUGUUGCAUUCCGCGUACUAUGGCGCCUCUGUCAGUACAGAGGCUUCCGCGGCGACUACCUCUGAGUCCGCCUCGAGCGUCUCUAACGACUCGCUAGUUCCGCCGAAGGUACCGCCAGUUGCGAGCGUCCAGACGGUACCACCCUCGCUCGAUCGACCUCCCAACGUUCUUUUGGCCACGGCGUGGGUCGACCUCCACACAGAAGAGGGUCGAUGUUUGAAAGUACGUGCGCUGCUGGAUCAAGGAUCCACUUUCAGUUUUAUCUCGGAGUCGCUUUCACAAGCUUUGCGCACUAAACGGCAACGAGCCAAUUUGCAAAUUAAAUGUUUCGGCGAAAAAUUCACCGGUACUGCUAAGUCACGAUUAACGCUUCGAUUAACCCCGCGUUCGAAAGCUGAUCCGAGCUUUCCUCUGGAAGCUUACGUAUAUCAACGCAUUACUUCGUAUGCCGCGUCGCAAGUUCAGCCGUUCGAAACGUGGCCACAUUUACAGGGUCUCUCCUUUGCGGAUCCUGAUCCUUCGAGUCACCACCAAAUUCACUUAUUGAUCGGUGCUGACCUUUACGGCUCACUUUUGCUGCGCGAUAUCCGUCAAGGUCCUAUCGGUACUCCGACCGCUCAAUUGACCGCUCUUGGUUGGGUACUCUCUGGCCCUACGACUAGUAGGUCCACCGCUUCUGCUGAAGCCUCCGUAUUGAACUGCGUGUCUAAUCAGGACAUCCACUUGCUUCUCCAGAAAUUCUGGGAAGAGGAGGAAAUUCCUCACCCUUUACCCCUCACUGAAGAGGAGGAGAGGUGCGAAGCUCACUUCGUUGCGAAUCAUUACCGGAAUUCGCAGGGACGUUAUACCGUCCGAUUGCCAUUUAAGCAUGAUCUCCCGAUAGAAAUCGGUGAUUCUUUAUCAAUUACAACUUCGCUGUACUAUAAAAUGGAGAGCAGGUUACGACGUCAACCUGAGCUUCAAGCUCAGUAUAAUGAGUUUUUAAAAGAAUAUCGCGCUCUCGGGCAUAUGACAAAGGUGGAGGACUCUGAGCAUUCCGAGUUCAAACCCGUAUACAUAUCGCAUCACCCUGUCUUGCGUGAUUCGAGCUGUACCACUAACUUACGCGUUGUUUUCAACGCCUCUUGCAACACGAGCAACAACUCCUCUCUCAACGAUCAUCUGUUGAUCGGUCCGAGGUUGCAACAAGAUCUCCCCGCGAUACUGUUGCGCUGGCGGCAGUGGCGCCUGGUCUACACUGCGGAUAUUGCUCAGAUGUUCCGCCAGAUCCUCGUGCAUCCGUCUGACACGGACUUUCAGAGGAUUCUUUGGCGUUCGUCGGCUGACUCGCCGAUCGAACGCUACCGACUUCUCACGGUGACGUACGGGCUGGCCCCAGCCCCGUACCUUGCGAUGAGAGUCCUGAGGCAGCUCUCCAUUGAUGAAGGAGCUCUCUAUCCCGCUGCCGUUUCAAUUCUGCGCGAGUCCUUUUAUGUGGACGACGCGCUUUUCGGCGCGGACGACGAGGCCUCGUUAAUUGAGGCUCGUAUACAACUGGUGGAAAUACUAAGAAAGGGUGGAUUUCAGCUCCGUAAAUGGGCAUCCAACUCCCUCUCCCUUCUUCAGGGGCUCUCGGCUCAUCAGCCGGAAGUGAAAAAUCACUUGUUAGUAAAAGAGGAUACUCUCAAGGUCCUAGGUCUUUCGUGGCACUCGCAGGACGACUCGUUUCAAUUCGUGGUCACACCUCCGAAAACGGUCAAUCCAACGAAGCGCUCAAUUCUCUCUUUCACGGCUAAGUUGUACGACCCGCUCGGUUGGGCGGCUCCGUUCGUUGUAACCUCUAAAAUUCUGUUACAAGAGUUAUGGCUUCUCAAGUACGACUGGGAUACGCCUCUCCCUGACGAGUUACGCGAACGAUGGGAGAGUUACUCCAGGGACUUGCAAUCGUUAAAUCUUGUUCGGAUACCUCGUUGGACCGGUAAACAUUGCGAGAAUCUCGCGUUAGAAAUACACGGGUUCGCGGACGCAUCAAAUCGAGCUUAUGCGGGCGUAAUAUACAUUCGCGUUAUUCACGCGCCGACCAGAUUUCAAAUCAGCUUGUUGGCCGCUAAAACUAAAGUCGCGCCGAUCAAGACCGUGAGCAUCCCGCGAUUAGAAUUGAACGCCGUCGUCUUGCUCAGUCGCCUAAUCAAAUGGACCUUGACCGCCCUGGCUUUGCCCCCGAUUCCCGUCUACGGAUGGACGGAUUCUACCAUCGCCCUUGCGUGGCUUCGUCAACAUCCAUCUAAAUGGAAUACUUAUGUUGCCAACCGCGUGUCGGAAGUGCAAACGACUCUGGCUUCCGCUCGCUGGAAUCACGUCCCUUCAGGCGACAAUCCGGCAGAUUGCGCCUCGCGCGGUUUGUCUGCUUCCGAACUAGUUGUCCACCCGUUAUGGUGGACUGGCCCUCGAUGGCUUCAUCAGCCACCGACUUCCUGGCCAACUCUUGACAUUUCUACUCCGUUCGAUUCUACAACCGAAUUGCAAGUGUCGACGGAGAGGAAAAAAUAUGUGACGCUCCACGUACAAGAGUCCGCUGAGUGGGAACUUCCACGCAAGUUCUCCCGCUGGACGAAGCUCAUCCGAGUAACCGCCUACGUUUACAGAUUCGUACUACGAACAAGAGGAAAAGGUGAUUCUCGCCACGAUCUUCCCGCCUUUCUGAGCGCCGACGAGCUCAGGAAGGCGGAGAUAUUCUGGUUUAACUAUUUACAACGGAAAUUCUUCGAGCGAGAAUUGCGAUCAUUAAAAAAUAAAAGAACUCUGCCACACUCAAGCCCUCUGCGUGGACUGAAUCCUUUCCUGGGAACAGACUGUUUAAUCCGCCUUGGCGGGCGGUUGAAAAACUCAGCGCUCGGUUAUGACGAGCGACACCCGAUUAUCCUUCCGAAACACCACAUAACCAAUCUCCUGAUUGCGCAAGCUCACACCGUCACUCUCCACGGAGGAGUGCAACUGGUACUGCGCACACUGCGUCAGCGGUUUUGGCUUUUAAGCGGCCGCAACUCCGUAAAGGCGCAUCUUCGGAAAUGUGUCAUUUGCGCGCGACACUCCGCUCGAUUGUCUACUCAGUACAUGGGAGACCUCCCCGUGGCUCGAGUCACUCCUUCCGCUCCGUUUACUCACUGCGGAGUGGAUUACGCUGGCCCUCUCCACGUAACUCCCUUCGUAGGUCGAGGACAACGUGCUCGGAAGGUGUAUAUUGCUCUGUUCGUUUGCCUCGCCACUAAAGCGAUCCACCUCGAGAUGGUGGAAGAUUACUCCACGCCCAGUUUUCUAGCCGCCUUUCAUCGAUUUGCCAGUCGGCGAGGAUCACCUCGUCAUCUCUAUAGCGACAACGGCACCAAUUUUCGUGGUGCCGACUCCGAACUUACGAGACACUUUGCCUCCGUUAUCGGAGAUCCUGAUUUACAGAGCGCGAUCGCCAAUGACGGAGUGGCCUGGCACUUCAUUCCCUCCGCUGCUCCGCACUUCGGCGGUCUUUGGGAGGCCGGGGUCAAGAGCUUCAAGACGCACUUGAAGCGAGCCGUUGGGUCUCAUACUCUAUCGCGGGCUGAACUCGCUACGCUUUUGUGCAAGAUCGAAGCUUGCCUAAACUCGCGACCCAUCGCUGCGCUCAGCGAUGACCCGAGUGACGUGUCGGCGCUCACUCCGGGUCACUUCUUGAUAGGACGGCCGCUUGUAGCCGUUCCGGAGGAAUCGACACUUGCGAUCGACGCGAGUAGACGCUCACGAUGGCAGAACGUUCACGCCAUGCUAGAGACAGUUUGGCGUGCUUGGUCGCAAGAUUACUUGCAUUCGAUUCAACAACGCCAUAAAUGGCGCAAGCAUAUGCCAGACCUCGCGACGGGCGACUUAGUAAUAAUAAAAAACCCGCUGCUCCCUCCGAGUAAGUGGGACCUAGCGCGGGUGACGCAGACUCAUCCGGGGUCUGACGGACACGUGCGGGUUGUCACCGUUCGUACCGCCCAGUCUACUUUGAAGCGACCAAUCACGCAAGUCUGUCGACUUCCCGUCGAUGAUCAUUUAGAUAAGUCCAAUACGUUGAGUAAUGAAGUUUAA